UUUUGAAGGACUAUAACAUCCUGGACAACGUGAUACCUUUGAGAAACACGUCGGUGGACUCGCUGCUGAAGGAUACCGACAGUGAACGAGAAAUUGAAGACUCCAACGACGAGAUUCCGUCAAAUAUUACAAAGGUGAACGAAACCGGGAUUUCCAAAGCGGCGAGCUACGGCGCGUCGAACGUAAUUAACGAGAGAAGACAAGGAAACAUUGGCUAUUGUAGCAGUGAUAGUGGCGGUGGGUGGGAGUUGAAAGAGAGUAUCAAUCGCGAAAUAAGGAGGAGCGAUUACGACGCAGCAGUGGCGGGUGAGCUGGCUUGCCUCGCGGGAUACAUGGCGGGGUAUCUGAAGGCGGCGGGUGCCACUUGUGCCCCGACCGGAAGUCCUCAGUACCACCCCCACAGUCAUCCAGCAAUGGGAGUUGGAACGCAUCCACAUGCACAUACUCAUCCGCACCCUGGUGCACCACAUCCAGGACUACCAUCUCCAUUUGCUCUUGCUACACAUGGACAUCCUCAUCCUCAUCCGUUGGAACAUGGAUUAGCAGCUUUUCCACAAGGAAUGAACCAACGCAAACAACGUCGGGAAAGGACAACCUUUACUAGGGCCCAACUCGACGUAUUGGAAGGGCUCUUCACAAAGACGAGAUAUCCGGAUAUUUUCAUGCGCGAGGAAGUCGCGCUUAAGAUCAAUCUACCGGAGUCGAGAGUACAGGUAUGGUUCAAAAAUCGUCGAGCGAAGUGCAGACAGCAACUUCAACAACAGCAACAACAGCAACAACAACAACAACAACAACAAAACUCACCGUCUAAGGGUUCACCGAGAGCGAGCCAAUCCCAAACGAAUGGAAAUCAGAGUGGGAAAAUGGCCGCUACGACUAGCUCGUCGACGCAACCAAGUCGACGUUCCUCGCCAGUCUCCCCACCACGUGGAAAGGAGGCACCAAGUACGAACUCGCCUUUGUUAUCGGCCAGCUCGUCUUAUCCACGACUUGGAGUAACUCCAACCGGUGGAAGUGGUGCCAACAGUGCUCUUACGACACCUUCACCCCCGCUCACACCUGGAUCGAGUCAGCUACCCCCAUCCUCGUAUCCUCCGCCAAUGAACCAGAUUCACCACGGUGAAUACGGUUUCACGUGGAGCUCUGCAUCACCCGGAUCCGUGAAUCCGAGUCAGUGUUAUGCAGGGCAGACUUACAAUGCCUACCAGAAUCCAUACACCAGCGGCGAUUAUUAUCAGACCCAAAUAUCCCACAUGCAUCACAGUCCGCAAGGGAACUAUCACCACCCCCAAUAUCAUCAUAACAUGGCAUUAACGUCUUCGAUGUCACAUCUUACUACCCAUCAUCUCAAUCCAAGUGGCAGUAACGAAAUGACGAAUACUACUGCCGAUAACGAUGGCUACAUUCUACCCGAUCAAAAAUAUCAGGCGAUGGUAUAGCGCAACACCAGGACCUCAGGGAUAUUUCAUCGUGGACAAGAGGCUAUCGGGAGCGUUCCUAGUUCAUCGUCUGUAUCAUCCUCGGCGUCGUCUUAUCAUUGGCGUAUCAAUAACGCUCCUAAUUGUCACGAAAUAAACGGUAGUCUCGAUUCUUCUGACGAUAAUUAAUUUCAAAGAUACUUUAACAGUCCACGAUGGAUUCCCUCCCUCCUCUUGUUUCCUUUUUCUUCUUUUUUCUUUGUCACUUUUUUUUUCUUUCUUCCUUUCCUUUUUCUCGUUUCUUUUCUUAUUGCUUUUUCAACGGAACCGAAGAGACUCCGUUCUCUUUUUUCUUUCGCGUCGAUUUUUUCUUUCUUUUUUUUUUUUUUUUUUUUUUUAUCAAAAUCGUCGCAAAAAAAAAAAUAUUGAAAAGAACAAGGGGAUCUCGAUUAAUCGACAUUAUUCAUUCUUUCUCGCGAUUAUUAUUCUUGCUUCGUUAAUAAACGUGAUCUUCAUUAUUGUUUGUGAAUCGUUACUUAAACCUCCCUCUACCCCUACCUCCUCCUCAACUCCCUCACUACCCACACACCGCCCCACUAACAUUUAAGAGCGAGCAACAUUGUUUUACGGAAGCUUACGCGAAACGGCUUCUCUUACUGAUCGAUAUCAAAGCAUAGUUCAGAGGCUUCGAACAAUUUUCUUUUCUUCUUCUUUUUUUUUUUUUUUAUCUCCUAUUUUUCGCGUUACUGUAACUUGACGUAAUAUCGUGUUCUCUUCAUCGCACGAUUUUUAUUAUUUUUUAUCAAACACUCACUGAAGAUUUCGAUUUCAGAUUCGUAUACGUUUGAUAGAGCUUUUUUUUUUUUCUUAUUUCUCUUUGAAAAUAUGACAUUUUCUUCUAUAAUUUCAUUGAAAAUGUAAAUAAAAGAAAGUGUGAGCGUGAGUAAAUGAAUGAAUGGACAAAGAGAUCAUUAUGAUUUUUCGAGUUAUAAAAGUUGAAAUAAUGUUAAAUAGGAGAAGACGAAUAUUUCGAGACAAGUGAUAUCCGACGAAAUGCAACCUGAUAGAGAAUUA